GGAAUUGAACCCAGGGCUUCAUGUAUGCAAGGCAAACAAUAUACCAAAUACCUGGAUUUUCAAUGGCAGGAGAAGAAGUAAUCAGAAGACCGAGAUGAAUUUUAACACUAUUCUAGAAGAGAUUCUUAUUAAAAGGUCACAGCAGAAAAAGAAGACAUCACCUUUAAACUACAAAGAGAGACUUUUCGUCCUUACACAGUCCAUGUUAACCUACUAUGAGGGUCGAGCAGAGAAAAAAUACAGGAAGGGGUUUAUUGAUAUUUCAAAAAUCAAGUGUGUGGAAAUAGUGAAGAACGAUGAUGGUGUCAUCCCGUGUCAAAAUAAAUACCCAUUUCAGGUUGUUCAUGAUGCUAAUACACUUUAUAUUUUUGCACCUAGUGCACAAAGUAGGGACCGGUGGGUGAAGAAGUUAAAAGAAGAAAUAAAGAACAACAAUAAUAUCAUGAUUAAAUAUCACCCUAAAUUCUGGGCAGAUGGAAGUUACCAGUGCUGCAGACAAACUGAAAAACUAGCGCCUGGAUGUGAAAAAUAUAAUCUUUUUGAAAGCAGUAUAAGAAAAGCCUUGCCUCCUGCACCAGAAACAAAGAAGAGAAGGCCUCCUCCACCCAUUCCACCUGAAGAAGAAGAUAAUAGUGAAGAAAUCGUUGUGGCAAUGUAUGAUUUCCAGGCAACAGAGGCACAUGACCUCAGAUUAGAGAGAGGACAAGAGUAUAUCAUAUUGGAAAAGAACGAUGUCCACUGGUGGAAAGCAAGAGAUAAAUACGGGAGUGAAGGGUAUAUCCCAAGUAAUUAUGUAACAGGAAAGAAGUCAAACAACUUAGAUCAAUAUGAAUGGUAUUGCAGAAAUACAAAUAGAAGCAAGGCAGAACAACUCCUCAAAACUGAAGGUAAAGAAGGUGGUUUUAUGGUAAGGGACUCCAGUCAGCCAGGCCUGUACACAGUUUCUCUUUAUACAAAGUUUGGAGGGGAAGGUUCUUCAGGCUUUAGGCAUUAUCAUAUAAAGGAAACAGCAACAUCUCCGAAGAAGUAUUACCUCGCAGAAAAGCAUGCUUUUGGUUCAAUUCCUGAGAUUAUUGAGUAUCAUAAACACAAUGCAGCAGGACUUGUCACAAGACUGCGGUACCCAGUUAGUACAAAGGGGAAGAAUGCACCAACCACUGCGGGAUUCAGCUAUGAGAAGUGGGAGAUUAACCCUUCGGAGCUGACCUUUAUGAGGGAGUUGGGGAGUGGACUGUUCGGAGUGGUGAGGCUGGGCAAGUGGCGAGCCCAGUACAAAGUAGCCAUCAAAGCUAUUAGAGAGGGUGCCAUGUGUGAGGAGGACUUUAUAGAAGAAGCUAAAGUCAUGAUGAAGCUGACACAUCCCAAGCUGGUACAGCUUUACGGUGUAUGCACCCAGCAGAAACCAAUUUACAUCGUGACAGAGUUCAUGGAACGGGGCUGCCUUCUGAAUUUCCUCCGUCAGAGACAGGGCCAUUUCAGUAGAGACGUGCUGCUGAGUAUGUGUCAGGACGUGUGUGAAGGGAUGGAGUACCUGGAGAGAAACAGCUUCAUUCACAGAGACUUGGCUGCCAGAAAUUGUCUGGUAAAUGAGGCAGGAGUUGUGAAAGUCUGUGAUUUUGGCAUGGCCAGGUAUGUUCUGGAUGAUCAGUACACAAGCUCUUCUGGUGCUAAAUUCCCAGUGAAGUGGUGCCCACCUGAAGUAUUUAACUACAGCCGCUUUAGCAGCAAGUCAGACGUCUGGUCAUUUGGUGUCUUGAUGUGGGAAGUAUUCACAGAAGGCAGAAUGCCCUUUGAGAAGAACACCAACUAUGAAGUGGUAACCAUGAUUACUCGAGGCCACCGCCUCCACAGGCCGAAGCUAGCAUCUAAAUCCAUAUAUGAGGUGAUGCUGAGGUGUUGGCAGGAGAAACCAGAGGGAAGGCCUUCAUUUGAAGAUUUGCUGCACACGAUAGAUGAACUAAUUGAAUGUGAAGAAACUUUUGGAAGAUAAGCAUUGGGACCAGUAGCUCCCAGAUCCAAGGCCUGAGAAAAUGGCACUUAGUGAUUAACUUAUUUGGCACCUGGCUGUCUAGACUGUUUACUCAUAAAGUGGAAACAUCUAAGGCAUUUUCUUCCAGACCGACCUUAGCUCCAUGACUGUCUUCCGGAUAUGAAGAUGGUACCUUAGAGCUGGUGAUUGAAAGUAUUCAUUUCUUUUCAUUCCUCAGGAACUUGAAUGUGCACGUUGUGUCAGGCACAGUGCCUAAACCCCCAGUUUUGCCCAUUUUAGGGGUGCACACAGACCUGUGUUGGCUUGUGCCAGUAGAAAACCAGAGUGAGAAGGCAAGGAACUAUGUUCCAGCAACCCAUCUCUUUCCUUGGGUUUCUACAUAAAUCUGGGCCUAGAGCAUCAUCUAGAAUUGAGUUCUAGGUGAAAAAAAACACCCUCUUUGGAUAAGUACCCAUCUCUGUUCUUAGUAUCACAGCCUAAAAUAUUUGUAUGCUGUACAUAUUGUAAGUACAUUUAAUAUAUAAAGUUAUAUAUUUAUAAGAA